AUGGUCUCCCCGCCCUCGAUUGUGGUCGCAACGCUGCUCCAGCUAUGCGGUGUCUCAAUUUUCAUAAGCCAACCGCAGGAUCAGUGCUCGCUGGCAUCCACAAUUGCCAGCUGGCUCUUUGUGCUGGCCCUGCCGCUGUUGCUGUGGAACUGUGAGCUGCUGCCGAAGCGUUACACGAACUCCUUUCCGCGCCUCUGCAUCUGCGUGGAGCUGCUGGGCACCAUCUUAAUCUCGGAGCUGGCAGUGCUCAUUGGCUGGCAUCGCUACGAGCAACUCGUCCAUCAGUUGAGCCAACGCCUCUGUCCCAAUUGUCGCUGGUGCGGUCAUCUCUCAUUCUGUAUGCUCACGCUGCUGCCCUCGUCUCUGCUUCUGGUCACCUUGGCGCCAGCCCAAUGGCGGGAAUUUGUGCUGCAGCUGGUGAUGAAGCUGCCGCGACCCGAGGCAGACGAGUGCCUGCUGGAGUGCGUCCGAGAGUUGUCCAACUAUGUCAAGGGAUUGGUCUGUUUUUGUCAGCUAAAGCGCGAGGAUCGAUUGCGUGCGCUACGCUUAUUUCAGUUGCAGGCAGAACGGAGUCGAAGUCGGAGUCAGAGUCAGCGAGAGGAGUCUUUGGACCAGCGAUAA